ACCUUGUUCCCGGGACGCGCCGCCGCCGCCGCCGCUGCUGGGCAGGACCGGGCCCAUCCUCGCCGUUGCUACCGCUGAGGCCAACACGACCAUGUCCUCCCUGUACUAGGGCUGCCCCCCACAGCCUUGGUGACCCCCCAGACCGGCAGCAAGGAUGCGUGCCUGGAAGGCGGUGGCCAGCACGCUGGCGCUCAGCGGGGCUGAUGUGGUGGUCACCACCCUGCUCUACACCCACGGCCGGGGUGGCCGGGAUAUCCUGCAGGACCUGCGGCACUUCAACAUCUUCAACUCGCUGCUGGACAUCUGGGGGGGCUGCCUCUACCGCAGCUGUGUCCUGCUGGGGGCUGCCAUCGGGGUGGCCACCAACACGGCUUAUGGCCCCCGGCGCCUCAGGGCAUCGCGGACCUUCAUCGCCAUCGUCUGCCUCCUCAUGGGCAUCUACAUGAUGGUGAAGUUGCUGCUCUAUUCGGAGGUGCGGAGGACCAUCAGGGACCCCUGGUUCUGGGGGCUCUUUGCCUGGACCUACGUGGCUCUGGCGGCCACCUUCGGGCUGUGGCAGCUGCUGGCCUGUGUCACCUCCUCCCGUGAGGCGCUGGGACCUGGCUCCGAGUCCCGCGCUGAGGCAGAGGAGAUCUGCGAUGGUGGUGCCCCACGGGACAAGCGGGAGGAGGCGGCAGGUCCCACCAUCCAUAAGCUGCUGUCCUACACCAAGCCGGACGCCUUCUUCCUGGGCAUCGCCUCCUUCUUCCUCCUCGUGGCUGCACUGGGAGAGACCUUCCUGCCCUACUACACGGGGCUGGCCAUCGAUGGCAUCGUGGUGCAGAAGAGCAUGGACCGCUUCUCCACGGCGGUGCUGGUCAUGUCGCUGCUCGCCAUAGGAAGCUCAUUUGCCGCAGGUAUCCGGGGCGGCGUUUUUACGCUCAUAUUUGCAAGACUGAACAUUCGCCUUCGCAACUGCCUCUUCAGGUCGCUGGUGUCUCAGGAGAUGAGUUUCUUUGAUGAGAAUCGCACAGGGGAUGUCAUCUCCCGCCUGACAUCGGACACGACCAUCGUGAGUGACCUGGUGUCCCAGAACAUCAACAUCUUCCUGCGCAACGUGGUGAAGGCUACAGGGGUGAUCUUCUUCAUGUUCAGCCUCUCUUGGAAGCUCUCACUCGUCACCUUCAUGGGCUUCCCCAUCAUCAUGCUGGUUUCUGAUGUCUAUGGGAAGUACUACAAGAAGCUCUCCAAGGAUGUGCAGAACGCCUUGGCCAAGGCCAACAACACCGCCGAGGAGACCAUCUCCGCCAUGAAGACCGUCCGCAGUUUUGCCAACGAGGAGGCGGAGGCGAACGUGUACUGGCAGAAGCUGCAGCAGGUGUACAAACUCAACAAGCGGGAGGCCAUGGCUUACACCUACUACGUCUGGUCCAGUGGGCUGACCCUCCUGGUGGUCCAGGUCAGCAUCCUUUACUACGGUGGGCACCUCGUGAUCUCAGGGCAAAUGACAAGUGGAAAUCUCAUAUCCUUCAUCAUUUACGAGUUCGUUUUAGGAGACUGUAUGGAGUCCGUUGGCUCCGUCUACAGCGGCCUGAUGCAGGGAGUGGGAGCUGCCGAGAAGGUGUUUGAGUUCAUCGACCGCAAGCCAACGAUGGUGAACGACGGGUCCCUGGCCCCAGACCAUGUGGAUGGGAAGGUGGAGUUCAGAAACGUGACGUUUUCCUACCGCACUCGCUCUGCAACGCAGGUCCUCCAGAAUGUGUCCUUCACCCUGCACCCUGGCAAAGUGACAGCGCUGGUGGGUCCUUCAGGGAGCGGGAAGAGCUCCUGUGUCAACAUCCUGGAGAACUUCUACCCUCUGCAAGAUGGGCAGGUGCUGCUGGACGGGCGUCCCAUUAACAUGUACGAUCACAAGUACCUGCACUCAGUGAUCUCCCUGGUGAGCCAAGAGCCAGUGCUGUUUGCCCGCUCUAUUGCGGAUAAUAUUUCUUAUGGCUUAACUUCAGCCUCCUUUGAGUCAGUUGUUCAGGCUGCCCAGAAGGCCAACGCACACACCUUCAUCACGGAGUUACAAGACGGAUACCACACAGAGGCAGGUGAAAAAGGAGCCCAACUCUCAGGUGGCCAGAAGCAGAGAGUGGCAAUUGCCAGGGCCUUGAUCCGAGCUCCCCCCAUCCUAAUCCUGGAUGAAGCCACGAGCGCGCUGGAUGCGGAGAGCGAGCACGCGAUUCAGCAGGCGAUCUACGGCGACUUGGAGAACCACACGGUGCUUGUCAUAGCCCACAGACUGAGCACUGUCGAGAAGGCACACAACAUCAUUGUGCUGGACAAGGGCCGCGUGGUGCAGCAGGGCUCGCACAAGGAGCUGAUGGAAGAAGGAGGCCUUUAUUCCAAGCUGGUGCAGAGACAGAUCAUGGGGCUGGAGGGGGGCGGCGCGGACGGUGGCCAACCCCCAGCCCGGGGGGAUUCAGCGAAGGCGCCCGGGGGGCUGGAGGAGGAGUUCAGGAUAGACCAUUCCCUGCCGGCCGUGGCACAGGACGAUUACAACACCACGGCUCACAAGUGAGAGCGGCGAGGGCCGGCGCUGGGGACGCUCGCUGGGACGCCGAGGCAGGAGGCGCCUUGCCUUGCCUUGCCUUGCCCGUGGGCUCGCGUGCUGCAGAACGACGGCCACUUGCUCACCCCACGCACGCCACACACCCGUGCACACACACACACACACACACACUCACUAUAGAGCUUCCUGCAUUACAGUCCAGCAGGCAAGUGCCAGCUGGUUAAAAAGGGAAAUGGAUUUAUUUAUUCAAGGGAGUUGGGUCUUUAGCAAUUCCCAGUGUUUCUACUGGGUUUCUUUUUCUUACUACCAGUAAUUCCUCUCUGGGACUUUUCUCCCACUGAUAUGCAUGUGUAACUGCUAUUAACUGUAAUGGAUGUUAAAUGCAUGCGUGGAGGGGAAGAUUGAAAAUCCCCUUCAGGAAUUUCAGGGGGUGGCUUUUGUGGCUGGAUAGAAAAACAGUGACCGUCAAACAAGGUCCUGCUCCCGCUGUCAAUCCAUGGGGCCAAUCCAAAGCCUGCUGAAGCCUGUAGGGAAUCUCCCUUUGGCUUUGGCGAAAACUGGAUCGCUCCAGAGAGGCUGAACGCUGGGAGAGUUUUGCACUGAGUGCCUGCAGGCUCAGGCUCACAACCAUUGCUGCUGAGCUCGUACCACGUAGUAACCAUCCUUGCUGGACCGAGCCAGGGGACCAGGAGGCAGUUGUUGCUUUCAGAUUUGCUCUUGGUGCUUGUUGUUCUUAAGGAUGAAAAGUUUUACCGUAACUUGGUUAGGUUUGGGGUUUAGGGUUUUUUUGUUUGUUUGUUUGGGUUUGCUUUUUUCUUGUUUGUUUUGGUUUGGUUUUGUUUUUUUUUUUUUUAACGAUAUUUGUGUGCACUGUGCAAUGUCUGUCUGGCUCCAGCAUCCACUGAAAACUGCCCUUUUAUUUCAGAAUUUUUUUAACUCUCAAUCCCAGUGCUGGUUUGAAAAAAAAAUAAAACCAAACAAAACAAACAAAAAAAACCCAAAUCCACACCACAAAACACUACUAAAGACAGGCAUAAAAUACUAAAAGACAGCACUUUAUAAAUCCCACCAAAGCUUUGUUCAGCUUCAGGCCAUGCUAGUGACUCCACUGCAUGGGAAGUCCAUACAGUCACUUUCCUUGAAGUCUGACUUCAGCUGCCUGAACUUUAAAAUGUGUUUCUCUGAAUGUUAUUUAUUAACUUACUUUUAGUAUGAGGAAGAGAAAGAAAUAGAUUGCUCCUAGCCCUUUUGGGUAAUGGCUCUGGCUUAGUAGUGUUAUCCUGCCGUAGACUGGUGUAGAAACCUAUGCAGCCAGGCAGGCGCUGUUAAAAAAAAAUAGCAUUUAUAUGGGGAAGACUGACUUCAGACUGUGCAUAGUUAAGAAAUUAUCUCAAGCACUUUAGCUCUCAUGUUUUCCAAUAUUUGAAUGCUGCUGUGUUUUACUUUUCAGCAGGUUUGCAUUUCUGUUGUUGCCGAUGUUUUGUUUUCGUUUCGUGAUGUUUUACAAACUCUUUAGUGUCCUUGAGGAGGGAUGCUCGAAAAAUAAAAUACUACCUCUGCCACUCAA